AUGGGGAGUGAAAAGUUCACUUGGGUGAUUAAGAAUUUAUCAUCUUUGCAAUCUAAUAAGGGCAUUUACUCUGAUGAAUUUGUGAUUGGUGGUUGCAAAUGGUGUCUUAUGACCUUUCCUCAGGGAAUUCUCACUCAUAAUUAUUUGUCUCUGUAUCUAAAGGUAGCUGGUUUUGAAACUUUGCCUCGUGGAUGGAAAAGACACGCAAGAUUUAGCCUAACUGUUGUUAAUCAAAUUUCUGAUAAACUCUCCCAACGACGAGAAACAGAACGAUGCUUUGAUCAAAAGUUCCCCGUCCGUGGUAUUUUAGAUGUUAUUUCUCUUACCGAACUUGUGAACGACGAAGUCAAGAUUGUUGUGGAAAUAGAAGUUCUUCAAGUUAUUGGGAAAUUAGAUGUUUCUCAAGAGUUAAACCAACCUCUGAAAAGGAUAAGGCUAAAUGGUGAUGGUGGUGGUGCGGUGUCUAGUCAUUCUUCAUCAUCAGUAGAUGUCAAUGGUUUUCAAGUUCUUCCUUCACAGGCGGAAUCUGUGAAACGUAUAUUCGAAAAACACCCAGACAUGGCACUAGAGUUCCGAGCAAAGAACCAAGAUCUGAGGACAUCAUGCAUAAACGUCCUCCUCAGCCUAAUCAAGACGUUGUGCCAGUCACUGCAAGACCUUUCCAUUGAUGACCUUGGCCAAGCAGAGCAAGCACUCACGUACCUGAUACAUUCGGGGUUUAAGGUGGACUGGCUGGAGCGUAAACUGGAGGAAGUAAAGGUAAAAAAGAUUGAAGAGCAGUUUGGCAAGACUCGGAUGCAACAAUUAGAGGAAGAGCUCAAGGUCUCUAGGCAGAAGUGCUCAGACAUGGAAUCUCUCCUCGAGAAAGAGAAAGAGGAACUGAAGGUUUCCAAGCAGAUGUGCUCAGACAUAGAAGCUCUGCUUGAGAAAGAGAAGACAAAGGUGUUGGCUGCCGCCAGAGCUCCUCCUCUAACGUUGGAUGAUGUUGUCUGA